AUGUCGCGGUCUCCAUCACCAAAUCCAGGUGCGAGGUCGGUCCUGGCAGAGAUGACGGUUUAUCAACCCCAUGGAGGAGGAGCUUGGGGCCAACAACACAAGUACAGGACACCGCAGGGCAAGAUCGAUGAGUUCUGGACAAAGUUUACCGCGAGAGUUCCGGGAAAGCGCAAGCUUACCAAUCCUGCAGCCACCACGGUUCUCCCCAAGAACGAGUACGCGGAGAGGCUUGCCAAGCGUAACUCAGCCAAGGAGGUGGGAGGUGGCACAAAUGCGCAAGCAUCUUUCGAGGAGGCCGCGGCUAUCUGCAGGGCCAAGGUAGAAAAGAUCGUCCAAGAAUGCCGUCGUGUCAACCAGAAGUACAGAGACCCGCAUUUCGACCUAGAGUACGACCUGAAGACGGGUAGGCGCGAUUGCCUCGAAUCCCUCAGCAAUGAAAACAUCAUCGAUUUCUCCAGCAGCGACUCGGACUCUGACUACAACCACCUACCACGCCCUCGGUCGCAUUCCCGUCGUCGCAGGAGAGAUAAUGGUGAUGGUGAUCGUGACCAGAGCACCCAAGUGGAGAGUCAAAUCAAGACCAACAAGACCAAAAUCGACAAGAGAGAUGGAGUAUCGCAGCUCUCCCCGCAAGGACGGAUGCCCGGGUCCAAGUUUCGACCGGCAUCGGUCAAGCGAGUGGGCGAGAUCUUUGACGAUCCAAAGUUCUACAUUGACGGUCCCACCGCAAAUGAUGUGCGGCAGGGCCGGGACGGUGAUUGUUGGCUUAUGGCCGCAUUGUGCACGAUGAGCAACAAGCCGGGACUCAUCGAACGGAUUUGUGUGGCUCAUGACCAGGACAUUGGCGUCUACGGCUUUGUCUUUCACCGGGAUGGAGAAUGGUUCAGCGAAAUUAUCGAUGACAAGCUCUACCUCACCAGGCAUGACUACGAUGAGGCAAUGGAUCGCUUUCACCUGGAACGCGUGUUAUGGGAUGACAGAGAUCGCCCAGACUCGGAAGAGAUAUACCGGAAGACAUACCAAUCCAAUAGCGGCGCACUCUACUUUGCGCAGUGCGAGAAUCCCAACGAGACUUGGCUGCCUUUACUCGAGAAAGCUUAUGCCAAAGCCCAUGGAGACUAUGCAGCUAUUGAGGGUGGAUUCACUGGCGAGGGUAUCGAGGAUCUCACGGGCGGUGUGACCUCUGGCUUGUAUACCGCGGAUAUACUUGACAAGGAACAUUUCUGGAAAGAGGAGCUCAUGAAAGUUAACGAGCAAUUUCUCUUUGGUUGCUCGACUGGGGUUUGGGGACGUGGCUAUGGUGACAGAAAGGGCAUUAUGGAACAGCAUGCCUAUUCUGUUAUGAAAGCGGUAGACUUGGAUGGGGAGCGGCUCCUCUUGUUGAAGAACCCAUGGGGCAAGGGGGAAUGGACAGGGCCCUGGAGUGAUGGCUCGAAGGAAUGGACACCUGAGUGGCUUCAGAAAUUGGGCCACCGGUUCGGAGAUGAUGGUGCAUUUUGGAUCUCAUAUAGGGACUUCUUGCGCAAGUUCCAAGCCUUUGAUCGAACGCGUCUCUUCGGACCCGACUGGAAAGUUACUUCGAUCUGGACAACACUUUCCGUACCAUGGACCUUGGAAUAUCAUGACACCAAGUUUGCCUUUACGCUGGCAAAACCCGGUCCCGUGGUCAUUGUUCUCUCCCAACUAGAUGACCGAUACUUUCGUGGGCUGGAGGGCCAGUACAGAUUCGAGCUGAACUUUCGCGUACAUCGGGCUGGAGAGGAUGAUUACCUGGUACGAACACAACAUUCCUCCCGCAUGAACCGCUCCAUCAACGUCGAACUAGAUCUGGACGCUGGCGAAUAUCUGGUUCUCGUCAAGAUUGACGCCACUCGCAACGAGUGGGUUCUGCCCACCGAGGACGUGGUGCGGAACAAUGCUCGCCACCACCGCGAGAAACUGCUUCGUAUCGGGCUCUCCUAUGACCUGGCGCAUAGCAAGGCUAAGAUCAAGGAGAGUCCCGAAGAGAAAGCAGCUCGCGAGGCACACGAACAGCGGAAAAAGGACAAGCAACGCGAAAGUCUCCGGAAGGCGAUCAUGGAGGAAAAGGAGAUGAACUUUUACAGUCGCAUGAAAAGUUACCAAAGGCAGAAGCGCCGAGCGGAUAAGAACAAGGAGCGGAUGAAGAGAAAAACGGAGAAGCGGAAGGCGAAGAUGGAAAAGAAGAAGGCAAAACGGGAAGAAGCAGAGAGAAAACAGACCGAAGAGACAUGCAGGGACCCUCUCGGCAAGCAAAGAAAGGAGGGCAAAGAUUGUGGUUUCAGCCUUGAUGCGGCAUUGCAUCCUGCUGGCGAGCGUAUGGCACCCCUGGCAGUAGAUACUGCGGCAUCUACUGACGCUGGACAACCGACUCCGUCCGUUAGUAGCACGGGUGCUACUGAGGUCGAUGUAACAGACCGUCUUCCGGAGCCUGUUCUAUCCAUUUCUCUUGAGAAGAAUUGCAAGGCCCCCGAGGGCCCUUCGACGAAUAUACUGACGCCACAAUCAGCUCCCACACAGCAACAGGGUUGUCGAUUAUCCGCCGAAGACGACAAACCCUCCUCGGAACAGCCUAAUGAAGCAAGUGCACAGGAUCCCAUCGAAGUACGACCAGGGCUGUCAAUGGAUAUCCACAAGACACUGGAGGCUGUUCCCCAACACUCGCAGUCACCUCGUCCAACGUGUGGAGAAAGUGGAAGAGGUGAUGAUCGUACCAGAGCUAUCGAGAACAAGCUUCAGGCGGCUGUCAACCUUUUCUCCAACUUAAAGCAGGAGCUAGAGCUCAUGUUGACAAACGGUGUCAGCGACAAUAGUAUAAAGCAGGGCCAGGGACAAAAGCCACAUAAUGUUGACAACAAGGGACAGCCUCCUCCUCCUUCCCCUACUCUUCGUCCCCCAGCCGAACAACGCACUCUUCAACCACCGAGGCCUUCUUCCCCUCGCCCUUUCCAUCCACCCCAUCCUCAGGAUCAGCGCUGGCGUCGACCUCUUUCUCAAUUACGAGAUAGAUCACCAAGACACCCACUGGUAGACCCGGGGCCCUCACCCCGUCGCUUCCAGCAACGAUACGGUGGACGUCCACCACAACGUCGCGAAGUUUUCAUCGACGAUGACCAUCAGAUUCCCCCAGACCCCCGCUUCGUCGACGAGAGCUUCUCCGAGUCAUCGUCUUCCUCUGCGGACACUGACGAUACCUACAGCAUUUCCAGCAUUUCCGACAUCUCCGACCGGGAGCUCGACAUGCACAUCCGCGAGGACGCUCGUCGUAACGGGAGGCUUCUUGAUCAAGGUUCUCGUAAUCAAGCCAUAUUGCCGCCCCUCCAGCCACAGCCUGGCCCGCCGCAAUCAAUGCAGCCUGGUCCGAUCGGCCCGGGACCGCACCCGCGCAUUAGAGGUCGGGAUCCCCGCGGUCGUCAUGGUGGACGUGGUAGAGACGGGCAUAGGAAUGAGCUGGUGGAUCCAAAUGCGGAGUUUGAGAAGAAUCCGUGGAAUGCGGUGGCGGUUGUUGGUUUGAGGGUGUAUUAUCGUGUUGAUCUGGAUGACGCCGCUACCAUUGGGGACAAAGACGCAGCAGGCGUGGAAGGGGGAGAGGAAAAGACGGAAAUGGUCAAGUUGAAAGUUAUCAGACCGAACCCAUGGGAGACUGGUAGUGAUGAUGAGAAGGAUACCAAGAAGAAGAAAAAUGAGGAGAGGGGGAGUAAGUGGACUAGGGGGCUCAAGAAGAAUAGGAAGAGCAAGACAACAGAGGAAGAGAAGAAGGAGAAGGGUGAUGGUGGUGUUGAAACGGGCGGAAAUGCAGAUGGCGCGGGAUGUGAUGCGGAAUUGAAGAAAGAGGAGGUGGAAAAAGUGUUGGACGUCGACGAUAGCGCGAAGGAUGCUACGCUUGAGGGAGAAGAGAGAGAGAAGACUGUUGCUGAGGGGCAGGUGUGA